AUGCCCCUUUACACACUAUCGCAUCCCCUCCCCCCACUCCUUUCUGCUGCACACACACACUCCCUCACACAAUCCCACACAAUAACUCACGCCCAUCCCUCCUCCGUCCUCCCGGUCCCCUCUCACAGCGUGGUGAGCAAGAACUACUGGGAGGGUCCCAUUCCCAAGGCGCUGUCCAAACUCAAGAAGCUCAAGUACCUCGGGUUGAGGGAGACGGCUCUGGAGGGCGAGAUUCCAGCAUUCCUGGGAACACUGAGCCAGCUCACAUACCUAUCCCUGUCCGACACGCGGCUGUACGGGAAGGUGCCCACUCACUCACCGCCUUCUCAUUGUCCUCUCGCAUCUUUCCUCCUUCCUCCCCCCCCCUUCCUCCUGUGCAGCUCUCUGUCUGACACGCGGCUGUACGGGCAGGUGCCCAAGGCGCUCAGCGGACUGGCGAAGCUCAAAGAGCUCGACCUGUCCAGCAACUACCUCUCAGGCCCCCUCCCGGCCUUCCUGCAGCGGGUCAAGAAAGUAAACGCUGCGGACAACUACUUCUCCGGCUCAGCCUCCUCCCUUCCCUGCUCUGACGACUUCUCCGUCACGGGCAACUGCCUCUCCUCCGUGCCCUCCAAGUGCGGGGGCACCGCAGGCCAGAAGACCACACAGGAGUGCAACAAGUUCUGUGGGACGGCCACGGCCACGGGGGCGUGUAGCGGCAAGGGCGUGUGCGUGUUGGAUGUGGCUCAGCUGCUCAAAACACAGGCGUACGUGCCCAUGUGCAAGUGCCAGUCGGGGUACUGGGCUUCGCACCAGAAGCUGCGCUGCUCCAAGAACAACUCUUGA